AUGGCCCCAGUGCCUAGUGGCUCUCCUAAGGAUUCUUCGCCGCCCAAGCCUCACAGGUCUCCAGGAGAUGAGCAUCACCACCAGACACCUCGUCAUAGGUUCCUUUCGCCUACAGAAUGGGGCGUCGUUGCUCAUGGAAUAGGCGGCAUUCGAGAUCGGGAGCAGCAUACGCCCAUUCAUCCAACCAGUUGGGUUUGGCCACCCAGGGGCAUGCCUCGGGGUUUGUACAAGGAUACUGUGACUCAGCGCACCAAGUUCUUCUACCUACACCAUGCGUCUAGUGGCAUCAGAUGGAUCUUGAUGCUGCUACAGCUCUUCAUUGGGGCGACGCUGACGGCUCUUGGCUCCAUGUCCUUUUCCCAAGGUACUCCAAUCACGAUUCUGGGAGCUGCAAACACUGUCAUCGCUGGCCUACUUGCCUUUUUGCAGAACAGUGGAUUGCCUGAUCGAUAUCGGUACGACAAAUCCGAGUUCGAAGCACUGGAAGACCACAUCAAGGAAAUCCUCGACUCGGGUAUUGCUCCGGCGGACCAAACUGCUGACCAGAUUCUCGCGGAGUGCUUCGAUUUGUACCAGGACGCCAAGGCAACGGUGUCUGCCAAUUUGCCGGCCAACUACAUGCAGCCUCGAAAUGCCAAGCAAGCAGGCCAAAGAUCCGGAGGUCUGGUCCAAACGAGCCCUCCGCCUUCCGUGGCGAAGCAACUCGCCGAUAUUGACACUUCACCCGGUGGAAAAUAA